AUGGGGGCCUACUAUGUCAAUGACAAUGUGCGCAUCAAGGCAACUGGCAAAAUGGGAACCGUGACGCUGACGAACGGACAUGCGGUGAAGGUGCUGGGAACGUGGUGGCAUGUAGAAGAGGUGGAGCCGCUCCCUUACAUGGGCUCCGGUCCGUACCAUGCCCGUUUCCAGCAGACCAUGUUGCGGAUCAAGGAUCCCAAGAAGUCGAUCCCCUUCUAUGAGGAAAACUUCGGCAUGAAGCUGAUCCAUUGGAUUGAGUUUCCCCAGUGGAAGUUCACAGUCUACUUCUUGGAGCGCCCAAGAGAAGGGCAGACUGUUCCUGCAUGCAGCAUGGAGAAGACCACCUUGGAGAACGAGAAGUAUCUUUGGACCAUGUCAGGAUCCACUUUGGAGCUCACUCACAACCAUGGUGAAGAGAUGAACGACAACUUCAAGGUUUGGAAUGGACAUGUAGGACGCGACGGAGAAGGUGCAAACUAUGCUGAUGAGCCUGCAGCACGUGGGUUCGGGCAUGUCGCCUUCAACUGCGACGAUGUGUACGAAGCUUGCGAGCGUUUGGAGAAGAACGGUGUGAAGUUUCAGAAGAAGCCGGACGAAGGUCGAAUGAAGGGCUUGGCCUUUGCAUUGGAUCCUGACGGCUAUUGGGUGGAGAUCGUUAGGCGCGAGAAGUUGGGAUGGAAAGAGUACUACAACCUCUCUCAGACAAUGCUUCGCGUGAAGGAUGGCCCCGCCAGCGUAGAGUUUUACACCAAGCACUUGGGAAUGACGCUGCUGCGAAAAGUGGAUUUUCCCCAAUACAAAUUUUCAUUAUACUUCCUGGCAUCGCUCACGCCGGCUGAGCUUGCGGAUUGCCUGCCACUUGAUCCUGAAAACAAGCACGCCGGCGGCCUGAAUCCGGAGGUUCCGAAUGCUCUGACGAAGAUCGCCUGGAACCAGUGCCUCGAACUCACUUGGAAUCACGGCACCGAGAAAGACCCCGAUUUCAAGGUUCACGAUGGAAAUUCUGAGCCCAAGGGGUUUGGCCACAUCGGCUUCAUCGUGGACAACUUGCAGGAGUCCUGCGACAGGAUGGAGGCGCAAGGCGUCCUCUUCAAGAAAAGACCGCAAGACGGCAACAUGCGAGGCUUGGCUUUUGCCUACGACCCAAACGGCUAUUGGGUGGAGCUGGUUGACCGAACAGCCUCGUUCUCUGGCAUCUGCUCGAACUACUGA